AUGAUCCUUUCAGAAGUACGUGAAGCGAGUUCCUUUUGCAAUAAAAAUGACACCAAGUGCCUGUCCGAUUCUUGCCAAAGCAAUUCUACGUGCAAGGAUUUCUCAAAAGACAAGAGUUGCCGCUGUUCAGACACAGCCGUUCACGGGGACAAAGACUGCGGGGAGGAGGAGGACCCCUGCCUCUCCAGCCCCUGUCCAGGACACGCCACGUGUGUUCGCGUCCCGGGGGAGAGGCGCUCUCUGUGCAGAUGUCCUCCCGGGCACAGCGGGGCCGGCUGCGACACCAGCGCUGGCCCCUGCGGGCCCCGCUCCUGCCUGCACGGGGGCGUCUGCCACCAGGACCCCGGGCCACCCGUGUGCGUCUGCCCCGCUGGCUACACGGGAAGGUUCUGCGAGCUGGACCUCGACGAGUGCGCGUCCAGCCCCUGCCUGCACGGCGCUGUGUGCCGGGACGGAGGCGACGGCUACUCCUGCUUCUGUGUCCCGGGCUAUCAAGGCCGGCGCUGCGACGUGGAAGUGGACGAGUGUGUGUCGGAGCCCUGCAGGAACGCGGCCACGUGCCUCAACGAGAUCGGACGGUACACCUGCGUCUGCCCGCGCGGGUUCUCGGGUGUAAACUGUGAACUGGAAGUUGAUGAGUGCCGGUCCCAGCCCUGCCUCAAUGGUGCCACUUGUCAGGACGUUGUGGGGGCCUACCUCUGUGACUGUGCCCCCGGAUUCCUGGGCGACCGCUGUGAGCUCAACACGGACGAGUGUGCCAGUGGGCCGUGUCUCCAUGGUGGACUGUGCGUGGAUGGAGCCAACAGGUACAGCUGUACCUGCGCAGGUAGUGGAUUCACGGGGACGCGCUGUGAGACCCUGAUGCCCCCGUGUUCGUCAGAGCCCUGUCACAACAACGCCACCUGUGAGGACCGUGCUGACAGCUACGCCUGCCACUGCCAGCCUGGUUACACGGGCGUCCAGUGUGAAACCGACCUCGACGGAUGCGGGAGUGGCCCCUGCCAGGCUGGCGGGCAGUGCAUGGAGCUGUCCUCGGAGACAGCGCGUGAGCGCCUGGCCCAGCUGCAGUCUGCAUCCGGCCGCCCUGAAGCCUCCGGUUACGUCUGUGUCUGUCCACCCGGACUUACAGGAGUCCACUGUGAGGAGGACGUGGACGAGUGCUCGUCCAGCCCUUGCCGCAACGGCGGCACUUGUGAGAACUCGCCUGAGGGUUACACUUGCCACUGCCCGUUGGAUCCCCGUUCUGGAGUCUUCUAUGGAGGCAGGGACUGCUCCGAUACCCUCCUGGGCUGUGCCGAUCGUCCGUGUCUAAACAACGGGACGUGCGUCCCCCACGUCCACGACGGCCGGCACGGAUUCGACUGCUUGUGCCCCCCUGGCCACACCGGGUCACGGUGUGGGACCGUCACCACGCUGUCCUUCGAGGGCAGCGGCUUCCUGUGGGUCCCAAGUGGCUCAGCUCCGGCCCGGGACUCGGGCUGUACCGUAGCCCUCAGGUUCCAGACCGUCCAGCCGGCGGCCCUGCUGCUCUUCCGGGGUGACCGGGACGCGUUUGUGAUGCUGGAGGUGCUGGCUGGCUUCGUCCACUUGACCCUUCAAGUCGGCGAUCGGCCGAAGGUGGUCCUGCUCAUCCCCCAGGACACCAGUGACGGAGGGUGGCACGCGGUGGAGGCGACGUUUGCAGAGGCGGUGACCCUCACCCUGGGCGACGACGCUUGCUCGGGGGCGUGCAUCGCUAGCGCUCCUUCUCCGUUUGAACGCGAUGGGUCAUCAGCGUGCGCGCUCCAGAAUUCCUUUCUGGGGGGUUUGCCGGAGGGAAGCGCCCACAGUGGUGAUGCUCUGGUUCACGUCUAUGAGAUACCAUCCGCACCUUCGCUCGUAGGCUGCCUCCAAGACGUGCAGUUGGACUCGAACGCCGUCACCGCGGAGAACAUCUCAUCCGACACGGCUCUGAAUGUCAGGGCGGGCUGCACCCGAAAGGACUGGUGUGAGAGCCAGCCUUGUCACAACAGAGGACGCUGCCUCAACCUGUGGCUCGGUCACCGCUGUGAGUGCCGCAGGCCCUACCGCGGCCGCAGCUGCCACGGAGAGUAUGUGGCAGGCAGAUUUGGCCAAGAUGACUGUCCCGGAUAUGCUGUUUUUCAUCUCGACAAGGAUUACGAAGAGGACCUCACGCUCUCCAUGUUUGUUCGAACACGCCGUCCGUCCGGCUUGCUCCUAGCUCUGGGAAACGGCACUUACCAACACCUCCGUGUUUGGCUAGAGCAUGGAAGGCUAGCAAUGCUGACUCCAGGUUCUCCCAAAUUAUUAGUAACAUUUGUUCUCAGUGACGGACAAGUCCGCUUGGUAUCUUUGAAAAUCAAGCCAAAUAAAAUUGAACUGUAUCAGUCAUCACAAAAUCUAGGAUUUCUUUCUGCUCCUACGUGGAAACUCCAAAGAGGAGAUGUCCUCUACGUUGGCGGACUCCCUGACAGGCAAGAGACUGAGGUUAGUGGUGGAUUCUUCAAAGGCUGCAUUCAAGAUAUAAGGCUAAACAACGAAAACCUGGAAUUCUUCCCAAAUUCAACGAGCAGCGCAGCCCACAAUGCCGUUCUCGUCAAUGUGACGGAAGGCUGUCCCGGAGACAACCUGUGUGAGCCCAACCCCUGUCACCAUGGAGGCGUCUGCUACCUGCUGUGGGACGACUUCUCCUGCUCCUGUCCUGCCAACACAGCCGGGAAGGCCUGCCAGGAGCUGCGCUGGUGUGAACUCGGCCCGUGUCCCCCUGGUGCCCAGUGCCUGCAGCUGCCUCGAGGAUUUGAAUGUAUCGCAAAUGCUGUUUUGAAUGGACAAAGCCAUGAGAUAAUAUUCAGGAGCAGCGGGAACAUCACCAGAGAGCUGACCAACAUCACGUUUGGUUUCAGAACGAGGGACGCACAUGUGAUCAUACUGCGUGCAGAGAAGGAGCCUGAAUUCCUUCGUAUUCACAUUCGGGAUUCCCGGUUGUUAUUUCAGCUGCGAAGCGGCAACAGCUUUUACACGCUGAGUCUGACGAGUCUGCAGCCCGUGAGCGACGGCGUGUGGCACCAGGCGACCGUCUCCAUGACAGACCCGGGGGCCCAGGCCUCCAGGUGGCAGAUGGAGGUGGACGGGCAGGCGCCUCCUGUGACCAGUGCAGUCGCUGCCGGGAGCCUCGGCUUCCUGAAGGAUAACACAGACAUCUACGUGGGUGACCGAGCUAGCGACAGCGCGCGGGCCCCGCGAGGAUGUCUAAGCACGAUAGCCAUCAGCGGCCUCUAUCUCUCUUACCUUGGAAACGUCCGUGGCUUGAUGAGUAGACCUCAGGAGGGGCGGUUUCUCAGAGUCUCUGUGCGUCCGGUGGAGACGGGCUGCCGGCAGCUCGACGCCUGCCGCUCCGGGCCCUGCCUGCACGGAGGCCGCUGCGAGGACACCUACAGCGCCCACCGCUGCACCUGUCCCGCGGGACGGUCGGGGCCACACUGCGAGCUGGCCAUCGAUGCGUGCCUUUCAAGCCCCUGUAUCCACGGCAACUGCUCCGCCCCCGGCGGGGCAGCCUAUCACUGCAGGUGUGAGCCCGGCUUCACCGGCGUGAACUGCGAGUCGGAGGUGGACCACUGCCAGCGUCACCAGUGUGCGAACGGGGCCACCUGCGUGAGUGACGCCACCGGCUACUCUUGCCGCUGUCCCGGAAACUUCACCGGAAGGUUCUGCAGAUACCUCCGGUUACCCUCCACCGUCUGUGGGAAUGAGAAGACCAACCUCACUUGCUACAGCGGUGCCAACUGCACGGAGCUCCGGGGAGAAAUGAAAUGUGCCUGCUCGCCUGGUUUUACGGGGGAGCGGUGUGACAUGGACAUCGACGAGUGUGCGUCCGACCCCUGCCUCCACGGCGGCCGCUGUCAGGACCUGCGGAACGGGUUCCGCUGCGCGUGCCCGCUGGCCUUCGCCGGGCCGCGCUGCGAGCUGGACCUGGCAGAUAACUUGCUCUCGGACGUCUUCGCUGCCAUCGGUUCAGUGACAUUAGCCUUGUUGCUGAUCCUCUUUCUGGCAGUGGUGGCUUCUGUUGUCGCCUCCAACAAAAGGGCAACCCAGGGCUCCUACAGCCCGAGCCGUCAGGAAAAGGAUGGCCCUCGUGUGGAGAUGUGGAGCAUGAUGGAUGCCCCUGCAGCGGAGAGGCUGAUCUAGGACCACCCUGCCUCUGGAGGAAGACAUCCAUGCACCAUGAAUGAGACACUUGCCCCUGAGUGUUCUUCUAAUGCACCUGGAGACAUCAAUUCACAACCGGGACCAUGUUGAAACUGAAGGAAGAACUCCCUUGACCACCAUACGGAUGUUCAUAGUGGUUCAAGUUGAAAUCAUUGUUUUGUUGUAUUAUAUUAGCCAAUCACAGAAUGAUGUUUCUUGUGCCAAUAGUUUUAGCCUCAUAAUUUAGCAAGAAUGCCUGCCAAGGACGUGUCUUCUGGGAAAAGCUCCAGUGUCUGACUUCUACAGUCUUUACUCUGUGCAACCUGGGGACGGGUUUUUAGUUUGCCCAUUCACUGGAAACUGCAUCAUUUCACACAGAAACUACAGAAAAAGUAGGUACAUUUCUCCCUCUUCCUAUCAGGUGGUGAGAGGUUUUAGUUUGUACCAAUGAAGAGAUGCACAUGGUUUGUCCUUCAGUCAUGGAUUCGAGAAAGUCAUGGGAAUAGCCUGUGGUUAAAAAGCAAUCGAAUGUCCACAAAUAAAAAU